AUGGCUUCAGCGUCAAGAAGCUCGAUGAUGGAGACAGAUGGAGAAAAGGACAUCGUAAUCCUUCAUGAAAUGCCCGGAUGUCUCGUUACGCGACGUGCGGGCUCUAUGGUCUUCAAGCAAGGCAGGCGAGUCAAUAUUGAUGAACAACCAGCACUGGAGCUUGCCGCGCAGUAUGGCCUCCCUGUUCCACGCGUGUACGAUGCGGGCAAGUCUAAUGGAGAGACUUUCAUUCAAAUGGACUUUAUCGAGGGUGACAGGCUUGACCUGGUUUGGGCCAAAAUUACUGCAGAAGAAAGAAGCAGUAUAUGCCGACAACUGCGAGAAGUCCUCACGACAAUGCGAUCUAUACCUCACCAGAGUGGGCUUAUUGGAUCUUGCUCUGGCGGAAAAGCGCGAGACGACCGCCAAUACAGCCAUUACAACGGCGGACCAUACACAGACGAGGCCACUUUCAAUUCCUCAUUCUAUUUUGACCUUGUGGACUCCACACCGAGCCCGAUUCGUACCGCACUAUACCAGCAGAUCCGUAGUGAUCACCGUAUUGUCUUCUCACAUGGCGACCUUGCACAGCACAACAUCUUAGUUAAAGAUGGUCGGAUUACAGGACUACUAGAUUGGGAGAACGCAGGGUGGUAUCCAGAGCAUUGGGACUACAUCAAAUUCUUCGAGCGACCGUGCAAGCACAGGAACUGGAAAGAUUGUGCAGAAGACAUAUUUCCUGAAAUUUAUAACGACGAACUCGCGCAUCACCAAGCCAUCGUGCGAUGGCAAAACCCUUGA